AUGUCUAUUGCUAUGGAUAGGGCUUUAAUGGCUCUGUCUCUGGAAGAAGAAGAAGAAGAGCCCUUCACUAUGCCAGAUCGACCGGGCUUCACUUCUGUCGAGGAAAAUCGCCUCAGUCUCAUGGGGAGAACCUUGAACCCGGAGUGUCAGCGUAUGUCUCGGCUCAUAACUACUAUGCCUCGCAAAUGGCAAAAGGAAGGGAAAGUUAGGGGUAUAGCUUUAUCCCAAGAAAGGUUCCAGUUCAUCUUCAACACUGAACAUGACCUUCUGGACGUACUGGAAAAAGGUGUACAAACCUUUAAUGAAUGGGCAAUGGUGCUGGAACGCUGGGUUGAGAACCCGCCGGAGGAUUAUCUCCAGUAUUUUCCUCUUUGGGUAAGGAUCAGUCAUAUACCAGAGGAAUACUACACAAUAGAGGCGCUAACUACCCUGGUUGAUAUGAUUGGAAAAGUGAUAGUUGUGGCUUUUGACCCCCUGAAGCCGGUUACGCAGCCGUACAUCCGGGUCCAAGUUCUCUUCAACGUCACUAAUCUGCUGAGAAUGUCUAGUCAUAAAUCGUAA